AUGAUUGAAAUGAUGGAAACUUCGCCUGAAAUAGCCAGAGCCUUAUUCAAAGGCGAUCAGUCUGCAUUUUGGAGAGAGCUAGCAGAAAACCUUAACUCUGUAGGACCUCCGAUUAAAGCUGCAGGAACGUGGAAAAGGAUAUGGUUCGAUUAUAAAUGUGCGGUUAAGAAGAAGUUGCGCGACAACAGAACAUCGUUAAAUGCAACGGGAGGAGGUCCAUGUCGCACGAAACCCCUGAACGAAUUGGAGGAGCGAGUUGCCAACCUGACCAAUUUGAAAGCAACUGUGGCAGGCAACAGCGCAGCUCGAUUUGGAAUCAGCAGGCCCAACAACAACAGCAACAACAACAACAGCAGCAAUAGCAAUACUAUUGAAUACCAAAACCAAAGCGAAAGUAACCAACAACAAGAGGAGCAACCCGAACAACAGGAACAACACGAACAACAGGAACAAUUUGAACAACGAAAUAGACGAAUUGCAGGACAAUCUACUAGCAGCAAUAGAGGAAACCGAAAACGCAGGAACACAGAGGCAGUUAUGGAGCAGAACAAGGCAAUGCUGGACAUGAUGGCAAAAUAUGUGGAAGUACAGGAAAAAUCAUUGAAGCUGCAAGAAGAGACGAACAAUGCGCUGAAGGAAUGCACACAACAACUUAAAGUAUUUAACGAUUUGUUAACCCAACAUAAUAAAAAUAAUUAA